CCCCAGCAAACCCGACACGCGCGACGACUCUACGUGGGUAAUCUGCCGCCCCACAUCACCGAAGACGCCAUUCACGUGGAAUUCCGACGAGCCAUUGAGAUUGCGUCGCCGACGCCUUUGUCGGAAGACCCCGUACUCUCGACGUACAUCAAUCACGAGCGCCGCUUCUGCUUUGUGGAAUUCAAAACGGUAGAAAUGGCCACGGCCUGUAUGAACUUGGACGGACUGCACGUGCAGGGUGUGCCCGUCAAGGUGAAGCGACCCAAUGAUUACAACGCUAACAUGGCUCCCAAGAUACAUCCCAGUGCACUCCCUCCACUCGACGUCAGCAAGCUCGGCAUCGUUUCGGGAACGGUCGAAGACGGACCCAACAAGAUUUUCAUUGGCGGACUGCACUACCAUUUGCAAGACUCACAGGUCAUGGAACUCCUCCAAGCCUUUGGGAAAAUUAAAGCAUUCCAUCUCGUUUCGAACGAUCCCGAGUCCAACAUGUCCAAAGGAUAUUGCUUUGUGGAAUACGCCGAUCCAAACAUUACCCCUAUUGCCGUCCAAGGCCUGAACGGUAUGGAUAUUGGCAACGGCAAAGCUCUCACGGCGCGUUUGGCGGGAGAUCGCACGGGCGGUGCCGGCGGCGCCGCCUUUUUGGCUCACGCAAUGGAUCCCCAGAACGGCGUGCCGAAUAUUCCCACCCGUGUGUUGGUACUGCACAACAUGGUCACCGACGAAGAUUUGGCGACGGAUACCGAGUAUCAGGGUUUGUUUGACGAAGUCAAGGACGAGUGCGCCAAAUUUGGACGUUUGGAACGGUUGGAAAUUCCACGUCAAGGACCGGCAGCCCGCAAGGUCUUUCUGGGAUAUGUGACUGUAGCGGAAGCAAUGCAAGCCCAACACGAAUUGCAGGGACGGCAAUUUGGACCCAACGUAGUGCAGACGACCUUUUUCCCCGAAUCAGAGUUUGAAGCGGGACGGUUGUAUUGA